GUAGUAGUAGAGAGACUUCGAGGGGCUACAACGUCUUAUCGGUAUAAAGAAGAAUUCAGGCUCAUCGUUGCGAGCCAUUCGUCGGCUAUGCGGUAAUGCUAUAGCGUGUAGUGAAUUUUCUUGGCGUGUUGAACAGUUGCGCACUGCGAGUGAGAAUCACUGGCUGCUAGGAACAGUACUGUGACUGCUGACUACUGUAGAAGCUGCUCUGCCACGUAGUAUCCCAGGAACCCAAACCCGCCGUCCCUCAACGCUCAAGGCCUCUAGCAACAGUUCGCUUAUCUGGCAUUGCGGAUUCGCGCUGGCUGUGCAGGCCACGAAGAUCAUCAAUACUAGUAGGUAAUAAUAAGACAACUGCAAGACGUUGGUCACACACUAGACUAGUGCUAGGAUGCCACAUCACCACGGCGGCGGAGGCCAUCAUCACCAUGGCGGCGGAGGCCAUCAUCACCAUGGCGGCGGAGGCCAUCAUCACCAUGGAGGCGGACACCAUCAUCACCACCGACCUGGACCAGUGUUUGGUGGCCAUCAUCACCAUCAUGAUCCUGGUUACGGUAACCGUGCCUACGUCGGGUUUGCACCGCUCGGCUGGUCCGGCUGGCGGUACGCCCAUCCACGCCGCAGGUUGACCAUUCUGGUAAUGAUCGUUGUCAUCUGCAUGAUCAUCCCGGGAGGAGUGAUGCUAGGGCUGUCCUCGUCAGACGUGUAUGCGUCAGGAUUUGUGGCAACAGCCAUUGCCCUUAUUGUGAUAGGAGCCAUUUGCCUUGGCAUAGCACUCUUCCACUACCGACGCCAGACUGUCUACGGGAAUCCCGCUUCUGUCACCAUCGUGACCGACUCGCCCGCUCAGGCUGCUGCCAGCGCGCCGGUGUCCUAUGGAGCAGCCGCGACCACCGCACCGUAUGCGCCCCAGCCGGCCACCAACCCGGCGUAUGGUGCAGCACCAGUCUCACAAGUUCCCACCGGCAACGGCGCUGCGGACGCACCGCCAGCAUACAGCGCAGCUGUAAAGUACUGACUUACGCAGCAGAGUUUCGCAUCUUCGUAAAUCUUCCAAAGGCCUAGAUAUUCAUAGGCUCAUGACGUGUACUAGUACUUGGAGCAGGCCUCCAGAAAUGUUUUUACUACUAUAGUACUUCGAAGUAUUUUGUUGUUUUUAGAUACGAACACUCCUUAUGGAAUAUUGAUAUUAUCUUUUGGCAAAUCCAUGGUGGAAAGCUAUCACUUCUGUCUAUCCCCGUUAUCUGGUAUCUUUGCUGCAUACCAUAAUUAUAUCCUUCUAAUUAAAGUUUUGCACAUAUCCUUGUCUUAUUGAUUGCGGUUAUCAAAUUAUCGUCUCCUCGCCGUUUGUUUACAUAUUCGGGAGUGAGUUUUAAAAGGACACUCGUGUCUCUCUCGAA